AUGAGGAAAGAAUAUGGAUGUCUUCCACCAAACAAGUUGCCCCAAAAGGAUCCUCUCUUUGGGACCGAUGUUGUCGUUCAAAACCUGGCUGCUGCUAGGAAUUUUGGAUUUCUCAAGCUCUUACAGAGCCGGCACAAGACAAACGGACAGACUUUUACCACCAAUACCUUCUUUCGAACCACGAUAAAUACAUGUAACCCCCGCCUGAUCCAAGUCGUCCUUUCGAACCAGUUCGAAGACUUCGGCAUGGGCCCAUUGAGACGGAAGAGCGCCAGUCCGCUGUUGGGGAGAGGAAUCUUCACUACCGACAACGAUAUCUGGGCUCAUCAGAGAGCGCUUAUUCGGCCGAGCUUCAUCCGAGCUCAGGUUACCGACUUCACCAUCUUCGAAACGCACGUGGACCAACUUAUUCAGCUUAUUGCUCGUGAGAACUAUACUGUCGACCUGCAGCAGUUAUUUUUCCGCAUGGUUCUCGACUCCAAUAGCGAGUAUCUUUUCGGAGAGUCUGUCGGCCUGAUGUCUGACAACGCUUCUGAUUCUGCACACACUUUCCACCACGCCCUCGAUUACGCUCAACAAGGAACGAUCUUGCGUCUCCGACUUGGCAACUUGAUGUUCGCGCAUCGAGAUGCAAAGUUUAGGGAAUCAUGUCAGAUCGUGCACGCGUAUGCCGACAAAUUUGUGAAGCAAGCACUUGAGUUCCGCCAGCAGGAGUUGCUGCACCCGUCGGAGAAGAAGGACGAGUAUGCGCGCCAGAAGUACGUCUUCCUCAACGAGCUGGCCAAGGAUACGGAUAACCCUAUCAUGCUGCGAGAUCAAAUUGUCAACAUGCUUCUCGCGGCUCGUGAUACCACGGCUGGGCUUCUCGCUUUCGCUUUCUUCAUGUUGGCUCGGAACCCCGAAGUCUGGAAGAAACUUAGAGCCGAUGUGCUCGAACACUACACUGAGCCCCUCACAUAUGAUGCCGUUCAAGAGAUGACAUAUCUCCGCUACGUUUUGCAGGAGACGCUUCGUCUCUUCCCUCCUAUCGCGACCAACAGCCGGAUGGCCAACAAGGAUUGCGUCAUUCCAGUCGGUGGUGGUCCUGACGGCCAAUCUCCCAUGUUUGUUGCGAAGAACAAUGUGGUCACCUACAGCACCUUCGUGAUGCACCGAAGACCCGAGCUCUUUGGCCCAGAUUCGGAAGAAUUCAUCCCAGAGCGGUGGGAGAGUCUCCGUCCUGGCUGGGAGUUCCUGCCGUUCAACGGCGGUCCUCGCGUCUGUCCUGGCCAGAAGUUCGCCCUUACCGAGUCGUCUUACACAAUUGCAAGGAUGCUGCAUGCCUUUUCUGGCAUUGACAACUUGGACCCAACUGAAUGGCGCGAGCAACUCACCUUGUCCUUGACACUGAACAACGGUGUCAAGGUACGGCUCCACCCUGAGGCUUAG